UCAUCAGUCAGUGAAGAGAUACCUCCGGCAGCAUCACCAGCAGAUAUAGAGCACCGUGCGUAAAAACGACCUGACAGUCCUUCAGCCUGACACAAUGGCAUUGGUUGGGAUGCAUCUCAGUUUAACGACCACGACGCCUUUCUCAGUGAAGGAUAUUCUGAAGCUGGAGCACCACCACGAUUUCGAAAAUGAUUUUUUGAUUACUGAUCAAGUUGUUCCGAUGAAUUAUCAGCACGUGUCCCGGCCCAGGGACCUUUAUGACUGCCAGGCUGAGCAGUGCGUCUCCGGGAUGCAGAAGAAGCUCCAUAUUCACAACUCAGCAGCAGAAGAGGAGAUACAUGAGCAGGACAUAAGCGGUCUUGACAGUUCACCUGAAAGUGAGAAAACCCUGAAGAACGGAUCCCGGCCCCGCAGGAAGCCCCGGGUCCUCUUCUCCCAGUCCCAGGUGUCCGAGCUGGAGAGGCGCUUCCGGCAGCAGAGGUACCUGUCCGCCCCGGAGAGAGAGCACCUGAGCCUGGCCCUGAAGCUCACCUCCACACAGGUGAAGAUCUGGUUCCAGAACAGGAGGUACAAGUGCAAGAGGCAAAGGCAGGACCUGUCUCUGGAGCUGGGGUUCCCCUCUGCAGGAAGGAGGGUGUCGGUGCCGGUGCUGGUGCGGGACGGGAAGCUCUGCAGCUCUGCACCGUAUAACGUGACUCUGGGACAUUAUAACCCCGUGUUUGGAUACGCAAACAGCGGCAGUGUGUACGGCUGCGGCUAUCACAGCGUGUCACCCUCAGCCGCACAGAUGUGCAAUAAUAAUAAUAAUAAUCAGAUAGUGGAUUUAUCAGGUGAGGGGGGCUUCAACCACGGACACUUCCAGGCUUCAUUACAGAGUGUAAGAGGCUGGUGAUCAAAGCAGGGAAAUGGCGUGUAUUAUGGCAUAAUCCAAUGGAGAAUUUGUAUAUAUUGUUUAUGUAUCUUUAGGAAUUGUUCUGUUGUUAAAAAAGCCUUAUAAUAAUAAAUAAUGGGUGGAUAUUUACUGUCAUCAAAAAUAUGAUAUCCUUUAAUAUUUUCCUACGAUUAUAAAAAGUGAUACAAUAUUGGUUAUACAAUUCGUGUUAUUUUCUAAACUAAUCCACAACUUCGUUUUGCUAUUAGAUUAUUUUAGUUAUAAUAUUUAAUUCGUGUUUUUAUUUAUUUAUAUUUAUUAUUCUACUGGCGCUUCAUGGAACAUAAGCCUGCAUUUUUCGAAGGUGAUACUGUCCAACUUUGACAAAAAACAACAUUAAAACGUAUUUUAAACGUCAUUAAUGUGUAUAUUUUAACUAAAUAAUACCUUAAUUCAGUUAAAAUGUGUAAUCCUCUUAAUUUCCAAUUAAAGUGAACAUACCUGAU